AUGUUAUUCUUUUAUUUUUUAUGCUUUCUAACAUUGUCAUUCAUAUCAGGCCAAAGUGAAACUUGCACUAAAGACAAUUGUCUUUUACCCAGUUGUCAAUGUCCAACAAAUAAUGGUAAUCCAACAUCGUUCGAUCUCAUUGAUCUACCUCAGUUUGUUUUAUUAACUUUUGUCGGUAAUUUAAACACAAAUGUACUAGAUUCUAUUCGAUCAAUAUUUCAUUCAUUCCAUCGAAAUCCAAAUAAAUGUCCCAUUUCAACAACAUUUUUCAUUCAUGACGUUCAUACAGAAUAUUGUUUAGUUCAACGUCUUUUUGAUAAUCAUCAUGAAAUAGCGAUGACAGUAUCGAGCAACAAAUGUCCAUUAACUAAUUGUUAUCAAGAGAAUUCUUGGCGUAGAUGGACGAAUAAAGAUUGGCAACGCGAAAUAAAGGAACAACGCAUCAACAUCGUCGACAAAGGACAGAUUCAUUCAUCCCAUAUCAAAGGCUUUCGUGCACCACAUUUACAAAUUGAUGGACAUCAACAUUUCGAACUCUUAGAGAAAUAUCAUUUUCAUUAUGAUUCAUCGAUGUUGUUCAAAUCGAACAAUUUCAUGUGGCCAUUCACAAUGGAUUAUCCAUUUGAUCAUCAAGCAUGUAUUAACUGCUAUAAUUGGACAAAACCAUUCGAAGCACUUUGGCAAUUUCCACUACACGAAUGGACUUAUCCGAACUCAAAUAUCUCUUGUCGUACUCUAUCUGAUUCGUCAUGUCUGCCAGCGGAUCAAACGCCAACCACUGAUAUUUACUAUGAUUUUCUUAUGCAUAAUUUCCAACGUCAUUCGUCAUUAACUGUUGGCCGUCGAUCACCCUUCAUUAUUCAAUUGGAUCUUUCUUGGCUUGCUCAAAACAAAAAAGUUCGCCUGCAAGCUUUGCUUCGCUUUAUUCAACAUCUUUUAACUAGUCCAGACCAUCGAUAUGUUUAUUUUGUUUCAAUAGAAAAAGCUCUGGAGUGGUUUAAAUAUCCACGACCAUUGAACGAACUGAAAGAUUUUUGGGCAUUUACGUGUGGCGAUAAAACCUAUGAAUAUGACGCAGAUUGUUCCAAUAUUGACACCGAUUCUACCGAAGAAGAAAAAAACAACUUGAACGCUCAACAUCUCAAAUCGAACAAUAUAAGCAACAAAACUCACAGUGAAAAUGUCGAUCGCCAAGCUGAGAAAUUGUUUCGGAGUAAUAUCGCUCUUCAUGCUUUGUGGAUAUCGAUUGUAUUGAUCGUCAGCGUGGUUAUUUACGACAAAUAUUUUACUACCAAAUGA